AAAAACCAUAAAGAAUCCGAUGAUAUUCAGUUUGACUACAAGUGAACAUUCCCAUAUUUCCUUAUUUUUGCUCCCUUUUACUAUAAAAAUCUAAAAUACUCUCACUUUUUUUUUUCUUUUUUAUUUUUAAAAAUCAAUAAAAGUAGAUUAAAGAUUUUCAAUCACAAUUAAUUUGUCCUCCACGUGUUAAUUUCCCCUUCUUCUUCCUCCUUUUGUCCUGUCUUCUCAAUAAUUUUCCCCUUUUUUUUCUGCACUUUGGAUUCUCCUUUCUCCUCCCUAAACGCCGCCGUUUCACUCCCUACCUCUCACUCACUAUCUUUCCUCUUUCUCUAUCCUCAUUCACUCCACUUUCUCUCUCCUAAAAUGGCAGAAUCUACUCCCCCUUCCACCACUGCUCCUCCGCCGGAAAACCCAUCUCCGGCGAUACCAGAAUCAGAAUCUCCGGUUAAAUUAGCUGAAACGGAGACUCAUGUACCUAAGGAAGAAGAAUCUCCGGUGCCAGAAGAAGAAUCUCGGGCGAAAAUAGAAUCUGAAACAACCCCAGAACCACCAGUUUCAGCACCUGCAGUUCAAGUUGAAGAACACACAGAAUCACAAACAAUUACUGAAUCUGAGGAUACCCAGAUUAAGGAACCUAAAAAAAGCAGCUUUAUUCAAUCAGCUGUUUCUUUUAAAGUGGAAAGUAAUCUUCUUUCUGAUCUUUCAGAUUUUGAGAGAAAAUCCCUUGAAGAUUUUAAAACCCAGCUCAAACAAUCUCUCUCUGAUAAAACCCUUUUGCCCAAAUCAUCAAAAUCAGCUGCAAGUUCAGCUUUAAAUACUAUUGAAUCUGCUUUAAAAGAGGAGGAUGAGAAAAACCCAGAUGAAAAUGAUGGGGAAGUUUCAAUUUGGGGAAUACCCUUGUUGAAAGAUGAUAGAACUGAUGUAAUUUUACUGAAGUUUUUAAGGGCAAGAGAUUUUAGGGUUAAUGAUGCUUUUUCAAUGCUUAAGAAUACCCUAAUUUGGAGGGAGAAUUUUGGGAUUGAUAAAUUAGUGGAUGAAGAUUUAGGGGAUGCUUUGGAAAAAGUUGUGUUUAUGCAUGGACAUGAUAGGGAAGGUCACCCAGUUUGUUAUAAUGUUUAUGGGGAGUUUCAGAAUAAGGAUUUGUAUACCAAGACUUUUUCAAGUGAGGAGAAGAGAGAGAAGUUUUUGAAGUGGAGAAUUCAGUUCUUAGAGAAGAGUAUUCGAAAGCUCGAUUUCGAUGCUGGUGGUGUUAAUACUAUUUUUCAGGUUAAUGAUUUGAAGAAUGCUCCUGGUCCUGGUAAAAGAGACCUUAGGUUGGCUACUAGACAAGCUCUUCAUUUGCUGCAAGACAAUUAUCCUGAGUUUGUUGCCAAACAGGUGUUCAUCAAUGUGCCUUGGUGGUAUUUGGCCUUCUACACUAUGAUGAGCCCAUUCAUGACCCAAAGAACAAAGAGCAAGUUUGUGUUUGCUGGACCCUCAAAAACUGCUGAAACCCUUUUCAAGUAUGUAUCUCCCGAGCAAGUUCCUAUUCAGUAUGGUGGCCUUAGUGUUGAUUAUUGUGAUUGCAAUCCGGAUUUCACUGUGGACGAUCCUGCUACUGUCCUAAGCUUAAAAACUGCAACAAAACAGUUUGUGGAAAUCAUAUGUUCUGAGAAAUGUAUCAUCGUUUGGGAGCUUCGAGUAGUGGGAUGGGACGUCACUUAUAGUGCUGAGUUCGUGCCUAGCGCUGAAAAUAGUUACAUCGUGGUUAUACAAAAGUCAACCAAGAUGACCUCAAGUGACGAUCCUGUGAUAUCUGGAAGCUUCAAAGUAAGUGAAAUUGGUAAGAUAGUCCUCACAGUUGACAACCCAACUUUCAAGAGAAAGAAACUCCUCUACAGGUACAAAGUGUUGCCUUUCUCUGAUUGAUGAUGAUGAUGUUGCACUAAGCUAGUUCAAGACUAUUGCCAACAUUGCUAUAAAUGAGUGUUGAUUUCCUUGUUCAAAAUGUAGAUGAAUUUCCACUUCAAAUUUUCAUUGGUUCAUAUCUUUGGUUUAUAAUUUUGUUUCUUUUUUCAACAUUCUGGAACUUUUUGACCCAUUUUCUUUCCUUUUGGAGCAUAUGUUAAGUGCUAACUGAUUAGAGCGCUUGAUUGGUUUUGGCUUGUUGAUCCAUUAGGAAAAUAGAACCAUAGGGUUUGUGUUGAGUGUAUAAUGAUUGUAAAAACUCGUAAAACUUUGUUGUUUUAUUUUAUCUGUAUACUUGUUUUAUGGAUGUUUAUUCAAUUGUUGGAAGCGUAAUUGCCCAUCUAGAAA